AUGAGCUCAAAAAAAUUAUUGUAUUAAGAAAUAGAUGUAACAUAUUUACUUAUGACAUAGUAUACAAAAUAAUAAUUGAGUCUAUAAAUGUCUCAUUAAAAAACAACUUUAAAAGAAUUCAGUUCAUAUUUAAAAGAUUACUAAGCUAUUCUGAAAUCAAUCUCUGAAUAAUUAAUUAAAUUGACAAGAAAAGAAUGUAUAAUUAAACCUAAAAAAUUUAGUUACUUGUAGAGAAUUUGAAAAUAAAACAAUUAAAGAAUUUAUAGACAAAAAUAUUAUCUCAACAUCUAAAAUUAGUGAUAUUCUUGGAGUUUUAUCAGAAAAUGUUAAUCAAAUAGAACAAGAUAUUUUUUAAGCUUAUUUAGAUAUCAAAUAAAACAAAGAACUUGUAAUGUAAAAAGUAGACUAUAAAUAUAUAUUUAGUGUGAUUAAUAAAAAAAAGAAAGAGAUUAAUUAGUGAGUGCAAAAAAUGUUGAAAAAUAGUAAAUAGAUCAAUUCACAUAAUCUGCUAUAAUUGCCAUGUAGAAUAAUAUAGAAGCAGCAAUUAUCACAGAAAAGAAAAAAAAUGCUAAAAUUAUAGAUUCCUUUAAAAAAUUUUAUAUACAACAAAAAGAGUACUAAUUAUUAUUAAAAAAGGCAUGCUGAGAUUAUUGGCAAACAAUUAAUGUUAUAAAUACAAUUUUUUGAUACAGUCCAACCAGAAUAAUAGACUUUGGAAAGAAUGAAAAAUCAAUUAUAAGCCUAAUCUAUAAAUUAAAGUGGUAAAAAACUCAAUACAUCUGGAACAGGAUAAUCAAAAUAAAAUGAAAAUGGAUCAAUUAAUGAAACUGAUUUAUUAUAAUCUCACAAAGAUAAACUCAUUGAAAUCAGAAAAAUAUAUGCUUCUAAUAGUAAUACAAAAUCUUUACCAAUUAUAAUUAAAGAUUAAGUUGGUAUAUUUAAUAAUGAAAUCCCAUAUAAUAUGUAUAAUAAUUUUAUAUAAUCAUUAGGGAUUUGGCAAAGGAAUUCCAAUAACAAGAAUUCUUUUAAUUUACAUUAUUAAUGAUGCUCAGAUAUAAAUGUUAAAAUUAAGAUUGGCCACUUCUAAUAACUCAUACAAAAAAUAAAUUCAAAAUUAAUUUAGCUUCAAUGAAACUAUUGGAAUUAUUUUCAAAUUCCAUAUAAUCUAACAUAGAAUAAUCUGUUACCAGUUCUAUUUUUAUUACAUUAAUCAAAGAUGCUUUAAUGGUAAUAAAAACACCUUAAUUGUACAAUGAAAUUAAAAAUAAUGAAAAGCAUUACAUAAUUCUAAAAAAGUUAUUAAUGUUUUCAACUUUAAAUUAAUAUUGGGUCUAAUGUUUAUUAUUAUAAGCAUUUAAUAUUUAGAAUUCUUAAUUAGAUUAAUAAAAAAAAUAUUUUAAUAAUCUACUAAAAUAAAUUAUUAUUGAUGAGAAAGAUAUAGCUCAAAUUAAUUUUGAUUCUCAAAUAGAAGAAAUCUCUUAUCCAUUGAAUCAAUGUUUAUUAGAGCUUAUUCUAUCUGCAAUCAUAUAACCAACAACUAUUGAUAUGGAUUUUGUUCCUUUAAUAUAUUAAUUCGCAUCUGAUGCACUAAAGCUUUCACCUGCUCAUGUCAGCAUUACUUUACUUUCUCUAGUCUAUCAAAAAAUACUAUAACCUGCCUUAAGAAUAAAAAACUUGGAUAUUAAGGAUGCUGUUGUAAUUACUUAAUAAUUAACUGAAUAACUAUGGGAUAUUAUUAAUAAGGAAAAAAUUAUUAAUUAAUCAUAAUUGUAAUUUGCACUAAAAUAGAAGAAUUCAGAUAGAUUAUAUAAAGAUUUAUUAGGACUUACAACUAGUUUUUGGUCUUAAUUACCUAGUGAUUAGUCUUUCCUAAUUGCCUUCAUGAAUUUAUUUUACAUAGUUGCAAGUAUUUCACUUGAGUUUACAGAAUACUAAAAUACAAAUGAAUUAAUGCUCAAAAUUAUGGAACAAACAGGUCAUCAUUAUUAUAGUAUGAUUAUUAAAAGAGAGCAGUUUUAAUAGAAUCAAAUAUCUGAAAAAACAUUUAAUUAAGUUUCUAUUCUGUUAACUGUAAUGUGUAAAGAAUGUCUUGAAUUAAAAGAACAAUAUAUUGAUUAUUUUUAGAAAGGUAUAUAACAUUUAUUACCUGAUAAUCGAAAUAAUUAGAAUUUGUUUUUCUUUCAUUUUAUGAUUGGUGCAUUGUCAGAAAUAUAUUUAAUACUUCAAUAAGUUGAGCUCUGUAUUUAAAAAGGAUUAAUUCCAGAAGAUAAAAAUGGAAAGUAUUAUUAUGAUUAUAUUAAGUGCUUUUUCCAUAUGUUUCACUUUAGCUUUAAUUGAUGAUCAACUCUUACCUAAUAAUUUAAAUGCUAAAGCACUCUAAAUUAUUGGUCGAUCAAUAGAAAUGUGGUUCCAAUAAUCUCAAUAAAAUACAUUAAAAAUUUUAUAAUCAUUAAUUACUAAAGAAAAAUUUCUAGAUGAAAGUUUGUAGUUUAAAGAAUUGAUGCAGCAAACAUAAACUAAGAGUAUAGAAGACUUUUGCUCUAUUUUAUUUAAAUCUUUAGAAGCUUUACAAUAAGUGGUUAAGUUUAAGAAUGAUAAUCUCUUCAAAAAAACAAUUAAUAGCAAAAUGGAACAUAUACUCUAUACUGCUAUAUUAAUGUAUUUGGAAUAGAUGGAAUAAAAUCUUGAACAAAAAACAAAUUUAAUAUCAUAUUGGUUUCCUGCAGUUAUUAAAAGUAAAUAAAGCAUACCUCUUGAUUAGAAAUAAUUAGCCUAAUAAUAAAUUCAUCUUGUUAUAGAAAUGAUGAUGAGAAUUUGUAAUCUUAAUUUCCUGUAAUAACAAUUUUAGCAUCUAAAGGAUUAAUUAAAACUUGAAGCUUUAGAUCAUCUUACCAGUGAUUUCAAUACUAAAGGUAAAGUAAUUUGCAAAAGUAUUUCAAAAAUUCUUAUAAAUGAAAUUAUAUCUCCUAAUUUAUUUACCCCUCUUCAUUAAGAUUUAAAAUCAAUGACUGAUGCAAAAAGUUAUUAGUAAAAGUCAGAAUGGUCUAUGCUUCAAUAAUUGGAUGAAAUAAAAGAUUUUUUUUUAAUAUUCAAUUAGAAGCUCCCAGUUAAUUACCAUUCUGUAUUUUAUGAUUCUUUUAUUGCUUCAUUUUUUGAAGGUACUUAAAUAAUUAUAAAACUAGGAUUAUUUUAUUCAAUUUUUGAUAUUAACAAACUAUAAAACAUAAGUUAAGAUUUAUAUUUUGAACUACUUACUUUAGAAUUUCAGACAUUAUAAAGUUUUUUAGAAAAAUAAAUAUCUAGUAAUGUCUUACAAAUGAGGAUUAAACAAUAAUUAGCUGAAAUAAAAGAUAUAUCUAUAUGGUUUAGUAUGUAAAAUAAGGAUUUAAUUGCAACAUUUGAAUAAUAUCAUUUGCGAUAAGAUAAUAAAAAAAUUUGUUCUGCUCUUUAUAGAUUAAUAUUGCUACGUAAAUAAGAUUCAAAAAUGAAAGAUUUUGCAAAAAAAUAUUAAAAAAUAUAUGAAUGA